GACGUUACAGUUUCACACAGACAAGGUGGACAUUUCUCAAAACACCAUGUCUCUCCGAUUUUCUAAUGGAUCCAGGCAUGUUUGCUUAAGGUCUGCAGCUGGAUCUGUCAGACCACCCAAUGGAGGUGCAGGCUUUGCGGGCAGCAGUGCAUGUGGCAGCUCUGUUGCUGGAAGUGAAUUUUCCUGUGCAUUGGGAGGGGGAUUGGGCAGCGUUCCUGGUGGGAGCCAUGCUGGUGGUGCCCUUGGAAAUGCUGCUUGCAUUGGCUUUGCUGGAAGUGAAGGGGGACUCCUCUCUGGAAAUGAGAAGGUGACCAUGCAAAAUCUUAAUGACCGCUUGGCAUCCUACCUGGAUAACGUGCGAGCUCUCGAGGAGGCAAAUGCUGAAUUAGAGAGAAAAAUCAAGGGUUGGUAUGAAAAAUACGGACCUGGAUCUUGCCGUGGACUUGAUCAUGACUAUAGCAGAUAUCACCUAACAAUUGAGGAUCUUAAGAAUAAGAUUAUCUCCUCCACUACUACUAAUGCUAAUGUCAUUCUGCAGAUUGAUAAUGCCAGACUGGCUGCUGAUGAUUUCAGGCUAAAGUAUGAAAAUGAGCUCACCCUUCACCAAAAUGUAGAGGCUGAUAUCAACGGAUUACGGCGAGUCCUGGACGAGCUGACACUCUGCAGGACUGACCAGGAGCUGCAAUAUGAGUCUCUGAGUGAGGAGAUGACAUAUCUCAAGAAGAACCAUGAAGAGGAGAUGAAGGCUUUGCAGUGCGCGGCUGGGGGCAACGUGAACGUGGAGAUGAACGCGGCCCCCGGGGUAGACCUCACGGUUUUGUUGAACAACAUGCGAGCGGAGUACGAAGCCCUUGCAGAGCAGAACCGCAAGGACGCGGAGGCCUGGUUCAAUGAGAAGAGCGCCUCGCUGCAGCAGCAGAUCUCCCACGACGCAGGCGCAGCCACCUCCGCCCGGAGCCAGCUCACCGAGAUGAGGCGCACCCUGCAGACCCUGGAGAUUCAGCUGCAGUCCCUAAUGGCCACGAAACACUCCCUGGAGGGCUCCUUGGCGGAGACCGAGAGCAACUACUGCGCGCAGCUGGCACAGAUCCAGGCUCAGAUCGGGGCCCUGGAGGAGCAGCUGCACCAGGUCAGAACCGAGACUGAGGGCCAGAAGCUGGAGUAUGAGCAUCUCCUCGACAUUAAGGUCCACUUGGAAAAAGAAAUUGAGACCUACUGCCACCUGAUAGAUGGAGACGGAAAUUCAUGCUCCAAAUCAAAGGGCUUUGGAUCAGGAAGCUCUGGGAAUUCAUCUAAAGAUUUAUCCAAAACCACACUGGUAAAGACAGUGGUUGAAGAGAUAGAUCAACGUGGUAAAGUUCUUUCAUCAAGGAUUCACUCCAUUGAAGAAAAGACAUCUAAAAUGACCAACGGCAAGACAGAACAAAGGGUUCCUUUCUAGCUGUCAUUUUAGAUAAAAGAAAAAAUUGGGAAAGGAUCCUAUACAAUUGUGUUAUUCUAAAUAUCAGAGAGAAUAUACACACUUUUUACUUUUAAAGAUAAGUUACUUAGCAAAAAUAUCUGUUUUCUUAGUUUUACAGGAGGUUGGGUGUUUGUUUCCAAUAAAUAAAAAAGUUGAUGUGCAUUCAUUUCCAUUCACUGAUGACUAAUAAAUAAUUAUUUGUGAUUUUUU